AUGAUGCACCAAAAGGCGCUGCUCUUCAACGACACUGCUACCGCCGCGGAGAUUAUGCGCACCACCUCUCCGCGGAAGCAGAAGGCACUGGGCCGUGAGGUUGAGGGGUUUGAUGAGAGGGUUUGGGUGGAUACGUGUAGUGGUGUUGUGGAGAGGGGGAAUUAUUUGAAGUUCAUGCAGGGGACGAAUGCGAGUGGUAUGAGGAUGGGGGAUUUGGGGGAGGUGGAGGGGCUCAAGGAGCAGCUGCUAAGUACUGGUGAAAGAGAGCUAGUCGAAGCAAGCCCCUUCGAUCGAGUAUGGGGAAUUGGCUUCAAAGCCAGGGAAGCAAUGGGACAUCCUAGGGCGCGAUGGGGAAUGAACUUGCUGGGGAAGGCGUUGAUGGCCGUGAGAGCGAGGGUUGCUGCGGAAACAGCUGAUACUGAGGGAACUGGAGCUGUUUGA